AUGAAGAAUCAACAUCCUAAACUCGUUGUUAUUGCCAUGGGUAUUGAACAUGAAACUUCAUUAAUUAAUUUCUGUCUUGUUGAAAUUUCUCACUGGGAUAAGAAAAGUUUUAUAAAACUUGCUUUUCUCAUGCUGAUAAUUUGUCUUUCCCACGAUUUAAUCUUCAUUCGAAAGAUGUUUCAAUUAGAUGAAUGUGAUAUUGUGAAAUAUUUCCAAUGGAAAACUUAUUCGAUACAUUCUCAUGUUGUAAUGACAUAUGAUUAUCGUUCGAUUUUAUUUGAAGUCACAAGAGUAACUCAAUUUUCAGCAGAUGAAAUACUCAUAGAAUAUAAUGUUGAAUUUAUUGAUUUUUGCAAAACCUUGAAACGCCUUGAAAAUAUUUUUGGAAAAGUUGGCACCAACGUGCUUUGA